UCGUUCGGUACGGACGGUUUGAUACGGGUUUUGAUCUGCAUCCGGUCGUUCCCCGAGACUACGUGGAUUUGGGUUCCAGCUGCUGGUCCUUACGGGAUUGGGACGUGUUCUCUGGCUGGUGCCUGGCGCUGGUCAGAUAUGUCACAGUAUCACGAGCGGGAUCCAUGUGGGAUUGAUGCUGAUUAAAUUAAUGUUCGAACUCCGCGAUAUCCAAUUUGUCACGUGCCGGGGAGUGGCACCGAAUCCGCUCGGAACGAGUGUUAAAAUAUAUGCCGGAUAGAUUGAUAGUAAUGGGAUAGUUUUCGAAGGUGAUUUGCGUUGUCCUCUUUCGGUCGGACCACGAUAGGGAUUUAAAUCGAUGCGGUGAUUUAUGGGGUAUAGAUAACGGCUUUGUAGACCAAACAAACGCGGCCCGUGGAUUACGUGGGGUGGAUGGGCUGCGAGUAAAAAGUAAUUUCAUCAAUCCGUUCGCAAUCGACUCGUGAAUGUUUAUUGAAACAAUUGAGUGACAGUUUUUUCGGUCUCACCAAAAUUAGUUUUACCCCGAAGGGAGUGUAAGGCAUCCAAUAUAACAAAGCACUGGCUCUGGUAAUUUUAUCGAGCUACCAUCAGUUCCAGUUUGUCGGAGCUUUUGCAUUGUGAUUUAUUUUUAAUUAUUUUAUGUGCACCUUUGGCCAGAUUAAAAAGGUUUUUUUUUCCUGAGUGAGGUUUAAUAGUUCUUUUUUGUUCCGUCGUAAAGUGGAGUGCGGCAAAUGUACGUGUACACAAAGGGUUCGGUUCGCUUCGGUGACUUUUGACCAUAUCAUCUGAACACAAAAAAGCACAAAGUCAUACCCAUUAAACACAAACUUAAACGGGUUGAGUAGACCUUCGGUUACAUCUGACUGGCUGCUGUUUCCGGCCCAGAGAAACUUUCCUCCAUUAAAGCAGAACCAGCAGAGAGAGGAAUCGGAAACACCACCAGCAAAAAAAAAGGUGUUGAACUGGUCGAAUCUUUUCCAGACUGGUAAAAGACUGGUCGUGCGAAACGUUUUUUUGUCGUAGGCGAGACUUUGCGAGUUUCUAAACUCUGACCCACACUCUUGAAGUGCGAACCUUAUUUUCUCACGCAAAUGGGAACACUUUUGUGAGGGAUUCACUGUUGCCCGCUGAGAGGAUUUGGUGCAUUCGGUGGUAUUUCGAAUGAAGUGGAAUGUCUAUUUUUGGAUGAUUGAAUGAAACCAAUGAACUGAAAAAGUGUUCGAGUGCCGGAGGGUGUUCUGUGUUUUGAGGUUCAGCGAGUUCGUUGUGUUUUGGUGGAUGAAUUAGUUCUGGUUUUUGGGUUGUGAUAUGGUGUCUCUGUGUGUUUGUUUUUACUGUUUUUGAUGCGUGACUGAUUUGCGGUUAUAAUGAGUGAUGAUAUUAAUAGCACAUUCAGCACAUGUAUUGAAUAAUUGUUGUGCUUAAAGAGGAACCAUCACCACAUUGAAGAAAACCCGCUAUCGAGUGACAUAUAAGGCAGAGAUCAGAUCACUUUCGGAAUGAUGAUUGAAAUCGUCUUCACCGGUGAAAGCUGCCAAUCGAGAAGCUACCACCAAUUUGUGUCGCACCCAGUGGAUCGGAAACAGCCACGGAAAAAGUGCUUGUGAAUCGUUUUUCACUCUCCAUUGUUCGCUGCGGACAUCGUCCAGCUUCGCCAAACGGAAGCAGGUGCUGACGUAUCACAGCCGGGAUCAUCCGAUUAAUUGAAAGCAACCAGCGCAACCAAACUCCGAAUAGUCAAGCCGGGUACGGGGAUACUGCAAACGUCAACAAGGGAAACAUCAACAACAACAACAACAACCACAAACAUCCUUGCACACACCCACACCCACACAGCCACGCCGUUCGUGCAUGUUGUCAAUUAGCAAAUUGCGUGCAGCCUUCCAACGACACGAGAAGUGAUGCAAGGAUCAACAUAACUAUCGCUUUGCAGUGUGACCUUGGUGCGAAAGUGUUCACCACGGCACCGGUCGACGCCUCUGCCACUUUCGACGCCAAAUACCGCGUAACGUGAGUGUUGUGUGCGUGUGUGUAUGUGUGUACGUGUGUGUGGGUGGGCACCCGUGUGACCCCAAUCGAUUGAAGAUUGUGUCGCCAACGGCCAAUCAGUGUUGCCACCGGGGCCGAGAUCGUGGUAAUCCGAUUCGCGCUUCCACACCAGUGAACGUAAUCCUGAGGCAACCGGGAGCGCGAUUGAUUGCGCGAGCCAUCGACGUAAUUUCAUCGUCGGCAUCGUCAGCGUGACUAUUUAGCGAGAUUAGCAGCCCCUCGGAGCGACAGCAGCGACCAAACACGCACAAGCAAGAUGACCGACAUCAUUCGAAGGACGACUUCGAUGCCCAUCACCACCACUCUGUUGCUCCUGCUGACGGUGGUAACGCUGGUCAAUAUGCAGCUCAUCUCGGGCAUGAAACGAUGCCCGGCAGACUGUGACUGCAGUCUGGAUCAAAGAGGGCUCUAUCAGACGGCCUGCACAAAAGUGGAAUGGAGGGCGAUUCCGGUGCACGACUUCGACCAGGCGGUUGAGGUUAUCCUCAUCCACGGGUCGAAAAACCCGCUCACAAUCGGACCCAUCCUGCAAACUUUCUCCAGGCUGGAAGUGCUGAAAAUAACGAACGCAAACGUUCCCGCCAUCGGGAUGAACUCCUUCUGGGGCCUGGUCAAACUACGCGCGCUGGACCUCUCCCGGAAUAACAUCACCCAAAUCAUCGUGGACAACUUCCGCGGACAAGACAAUCUACUGGAGCUGGAUCUGUCCAAGAAUCGAAUGGAACGGAUCGCCAGCGGAACGUUCGGACACCUGAAGAGUCUUAAAUCACUGAAUCUGGCGGACAACUCAAUCAACGACCUGAACGCUCGACUCUUCCUGCACCUGGCGAAGCUCAAACAUUUGGAUCUCAGCCGAAAUCCCAUCGACGAUCUCCCGCCGGAGGUGUUUAAGGACGUUCAGGAAUUGAAGGUGCUGAAGGUGCGUGGCUGCCAACUGUUGAACGUGAAUCCACAGGUGUAUAAUAUGCUGACACAUCUCUCCGAGCUGGAUCUGGGCCAGAACCAGUUCACCUACUUUGAACGCUCGGAAUUCAAGGACCUCAAGCGUCUUCGAGUGCUGCGCCUCGAUGGCAAUCAACUGUCAGUCGUCGUCGACAAACUGUUUGAGUAUCAGAAGGGACUCAACUUUCUAGAUCUCUCAUUCAAUCGGUUGGCGAAAAUCUCCGAGAAGGCGUUCGACAAUUUAUCGAAUCUCACAUAUCUGGAUGUAUCGUACAAUAAAUUAUCGCGCAUCGAGCCGGAAUGUUUGGAGCCGGUGCCACGGCUGCAAACGUUCAACAUCAGCGGCAAUCUGCAGCUGGAUCUGAUGGAAGUGGCUCCCACCUUCCAGGUUAUUCAUAAUAUCAGCACCCUGGCGGUGGCCGAUAUGGGACCGCUCCCGAUGAAGCUAUUCGGACCCUUCAAACAGCUGCGGGCGCUCAAUCUUUCCGGGAACCACAUCGACAACAUUACACUGCAGAUUAUCCAACCGUUGUCCCACUUGGAGCUGCUGGAUUUGUCUCGCAAUCAGCUGUCCGGCAUCGAGGACCACUAUGCCACCCAGUUGGCACGAAUCAGCGACCUGCGGAUGGAGAAUAAUCCACUGAUAUGCGACCGGUGCCACAUGGGGUCGAUUAUCGACAUGUCCAGCGAGCUGCCCUGGAGCGAGAAGCCGGAGUGUUUUCUGCCGGAGCGGUUGAGGGGCAUCCGGAUCGAUGACCUGGAGCACAUCAGCAUCGAGGACUGCAUGGAGGUGAUCGUCGACGAGGACCACGAUGCGGCCAGCACUUCGCACAACUUUCUGGAACAAGCUGGAAGCGCUAGCGUUCUUGCCUUCUGCGGCCUGAUACUGUUCAUCGUGCUGGCGAUAGUGGUGGUAUCGAUGGCGAUUGCCCUCUCCCGGCACCGGGCGAGAUACUACACGCACGAGGACAAACGGGACGCCAUGAUCGAGAAGAACAGCACCGAAACCUCGAUCCUCACCGCCGGCAGCGAGAUCAAUUUCAAGUUCCCGUACACCGAUCGAGUUUGCACGAUCGACGAAAUGUGCAUACCGCCACCAGCCCCACCGCUACCACCCGGCAAGCAGGCCGGCGGCAACGUAAUCGAGCGGUUCGAUUAACGAACGGAGCCCGAUGAUGGGCCGUCCGCUGCCGGUGGUGAUGGGGCUGGUACAUCCGAGUCCACCACCAUCACAACAACGGUGGCCAUCAUCGGAGGUGACGAUUCAUCGGCGGCUUCGCUCGCGGGCAUCCGGACAUCGUCCAGCGUGAUCACCACCAGUAGCAGCUUGGGAAGCAGCAGCAGCACCUGCGGAACCGGAGCGGUUCCCCUUCGUGGUAUUUUAAGGAAAUCGAAAGACGUGUUCUAGGAGCACGCUUCCGCACCUGAUGAGGAGACCCCAAACCGGCGGUCACAAAACAGUGUACAUAGCCCUGUGAGUUUGUAUUUAAGAACCCCUAGCCCGUAAGCGCGUGUGUGCGUGAAUGAAGAAUCUUCGGGAGCGUUUGUGUGAGAAAACUUCGAUUUAACUCGACUAAUUGUAAUUAGCCAUUAAGGGUUGUUUUGCUGGGAAGACUAUAAUGCCGACAAUGAUAAAACGAUUGCUUGAGUGGGGCAAUUUGUAAAUACAUGUACAACCGACACAGUAACAUCCUCUCUCCCCCCACUUCCAUUAGUCGUCUCAAUGUCCCUUCCCCUCUCCCCCUCCAAGGAUACGUUUUUAGUAGGAGAGCCGCGGGGCUCUCAAACACACACUCGGAUUAGUGUUUUAGCCGGUAGCAAAUGGAAAUGUUUCUCCGUAUAUAAAUCGUAAGCAGCUCCGUUGGAAAUAAGCAAGGCACAGAAGCAGAGCUAUUCAGCUGCACAAGAUAAUAGGAUUAUCAUUUUCACCCUCUAAGGGGAAGGAAUCCAGUUUUGAAUAAAAUGAUGAUGAAUUAGGUGGAUGGCAAAGCCCGAUUUUUGAAUGAUAUGCGAGAUUCGAAAGACAAGCGAAGAUGAAAGGAAUUUAGUCUCGAAUUAGAAUUGCCUGUUUAUUCAGUACAUUUUGGAGAUAUCAAUAAAAAUGACUUUGUAUGAA